AUGGGGUUCCUGAGUUAUAGCGGGCUCAUGCUUAGCAGGGCUUGGUGGCUCGGCGUGUGGAGUCAAUCAUACGAGUCACCAUCAGGGACCGACAGUGCCCAAUUGAGAUACUACGCCCAAACCUACGUUAUCCUGUCUGUACUGGUCUGCAUCGUUGGCUCACUUCGGAGCUAUUUUGCUAUACUGGGCUCCAUGAAGGCCUCACAUAGCCUAUUUCGUCGGUUCCUACAUCGUGUCCUCCGGACUCCUCUCAAGUGGAUAGAUACAGUCCCUGUUGGAAGAGUGCUUAACCGCUUCUCGAACGACUUCAAUCUUGUGGACGCUCAACUGGGCGACGAUGUGCGAGCCAUCCUAUCUUACACUAUGGAAGUUCUAAUGGCUGUGGUCCCGGGUUUAGUCGUCAACCCCCUUUUGCUCAUCUCGAGUUGCAUCCUCGGAGCCAUAACCACCCGGUACGCCAAAUGGUACUUGGUCGGUGCACGCGAGCUGAAGCGGCUCGACAACGUCGCUCGAAGCCCGAUAUACGAGCAUAUCGAGUCGUCUCUGGCAGGCCUGUGGACGAUCCGCGCAUUUGGAAAGACUGGUAAUUACCAGGGACAAUUCCGACAGAAGCUUGACCGCCGGGCUCGUACGCAGUGGCACAGCUGGUUAUUCAAUCAGUGGCUCGCUUUUCGCUUAGACCUGAUCGGUGCGAUCUUCACGGCCAUUUCUGCUGCUGCCGUGGUCAUCCUUGGGGUAAAUGCCUCAACUGCAGGGUUCACCAUUAGCUUUACGAUGAGACUCACGCAGUCAAUCUCCAUGGGGAUCCGCCGGUAUGCAUCGUUGGAGCUGGACCUGAGCAGCGUGGAGAGGAUUCUGGAGUACUGUAACCUCGAAACCGAGAAUAGCUCGGGUCAACCUGCACCAGUCAGCUGGCCUCAUGAGGGAGUGCUUGAAGUGAAGAACUUAACGGUGCGAUAUGCCCCUGACAUCGCCCCAGCUCUUCAUAAUGUCAGCUUUCGAGUAGCCAGAAACCAGCGCGUUGGAGUAGUUGGAAGAACAGGCGCUGGGAAGUCCUCGUUGGCACUCGCGCUAUUUCGCAUGCUUGAGGCCAGUGAAGGACAGAUUCUCGUCGACGGGAUCGAUAUUUCCAAAAUCCGCUUGCAAGACGUCAGGGGACGUUUAACCAUGAUUCCUCAGUUUCCCUUCGUUUUUAAAGGUACAGUGCGGUCGAAUUUGGAUCCUUUCGGUAACCACGAAGACGCCGAGCUUCUUUCGGCCCUUUCUCGGGUUCAAUGGAGCAAAGCUAACUGGCGAGGGGAUGGGGAAACCGACAAUCCUACUUCGCAGGAUGGCAAACGAAAGAAUACAGAGGACGACAAUAACGCCUCAGUUUUGGAUAGCCUUAUCGCUGAUGGAGGCUCAAAUCUCUCACACGGUCAACGCCAACUUCUGUGUCUAGCGCGAGCUCUGACCCGGAUGCCACGCUUGCUAAUACUCGACGAAGCGACUUCGGCAGUAGACAAGACAACAGAUAGCGUCGUUCAGCAAUCAAUUCGGUCGGAGUUUGGUCGAAAUGGCAGCACUCUGCUUGUGAUUGCUCAUCGUCUCAGUACAGUGGCUGAUUUUGAUCAAAUCCUGGUCCUGGGCGGUGGUGAAGUGUUGGAAAUUGGUCGCCCUUCGGAGCUGUUGCGUCGAGAUAACGGUGUGCUUAGAGGUAUGGUCGAAGAGGACGCAGAAAGGGACUCGAUAUUACAGGUGAUUCUCUACACCGGUCGAUAA